CGUCCCCCUCCCCUACCUCCCAUCCUUUGCCCAGGAGCUGCCUUCAUCGCAGUCACGCCCCUUCCUUCCGAGGAGCUUUCUGGCUGCCCAAGCUGGAGACCCCCUGAUUUAUUCCUCCAUCUCUGCUCUCUUUCGCCUCAUCUUCUCUUAGUUCUCACCUCCCCCUCCACCCCCACCUCCAGUCUGUCUCGCCUCCGACCAUCCGCUGCUCCACCCUCCGGCCCGGUAUCCUGCCUGUCCGCUGCCACCAAGAAGAGCCCGGACGGAGCAGUGAGGAGGGGAGCAGCCGGGAGUUGGGGCUUCUCCCCUGCCCAUCCCUGGCCUCCGGCCCGGGCCCGAAGCCGCUUGAGCGAGCGGAGAGUCGUCACCUUGUCUUCGUUGCCUUCAGGGAGCUGCUCAGAAGGACAAAUAAGAUAACAGAAGUGAAAAAUCUUUUGUCUCCUUAGAAGAAAGUCUGAGAAAUUAAAGAGUGACCAGUGGUUGGACUCUUGGCGGCGCUUACCCUGAACCUGAGUGUUAGGGGAGAGGGAAUCUGCCGUUGCGGUUUCUGGAGCUGCUCAUAAGCAAGAAUUCCCUAUCCUGAUCAAGGCUUUAAGCCUAAAAGAAAGCAGAAAUAGGUCAAGGGCAGCCCAGGUGCCCAAUUUCUCUCUCUCUUCACAAGGCACCACCAGCAAUAGAGAUGAGAAAUUCUGAAGAACAGCCAAGUGGAGGAACCACGGUAUUGCAGCGUCUGCUACAAGAGCAGCUUCGCUAUGGCAAUCCUAAUGAGAAUCGCAACCUGCUUGCCAUACACCAGCAAGCCACAGGGAAUGGCCCUCCUUUCCCCAGUGGCAGUGGAAACCCAGGCCCUCAGAAUGAUGUGUUGAGUCCCCAAGACCACCACCAACAGCUUGUGGCUCAUGCUGCUCGACAAGAACCCCAGGGGCAGGAAAUUCAGUCAGAAAACAUCAUCAUGGAGAAGCAGCUUUCCCCUCGAAUGCAGAAUAACGAAGAACUCCCAACCUAUGAAGAAGCCAAGGUCCAGUCCCAGUACUUUCGGGGCCAACAGCAUGCCAGUGUUGGAGCUGCCUUCUAUGUCACUGGAGUCACCAACCAGAAGAUGAGGACUGAAGGACGCCCAUCAGUUCAGCGGCUCAAUCCUGGGAAGAUGCAUCAGGAUGAAGGACUCAGAGACCUUAAGCAAGGACAUGUCCGCUCCUUAAGUGAACGACUAAUGCAGAUGUCACUGGCCACCAGUGGAGUUAAGGCCCAUCCACCUGUUACCAGCGCUCCCCUCUCCCCACCACAACCCAAUGACCUCUACAAGAAUCCCACCAGUUCCAGUGAAUUCUACAAGGCCCAAGGGCCACCUCCCAGCCAGCAUAGCCUGAAGGGCAUGGAACACCGAGGCCCCCCACCAGAGUAUCCUUUCAAGGGCAUGCCACCCCAGUCUGUAGUGUGCAAGCCCCAAGAGCCAGGGCACUUCUAUAGUGAGCAUCGUCUGAACCAGCCAGGGAGAACAGAGGGGCAACUGAUGAGGUAUCAGCAUCCCCCUGAGUAUGGAGCAGCCAGGCCAACGCAGGACAUCUCAUUGCCAUUGUCAGCCAGGAACUCUCAGCCUCACAGCCCUACUUCUUCUCUCACGUCUGGGGGUUCCUUGACCUUGCUGCAGUCUCCACCAUCCACUAGAUUGUCACCUGCCCAACACGCCUUGGUCCCUAACCAAGGAGACCACUCAGCUCACCUGCCUAGGGCACAGCAGCAUUUCCUUCCUAACCAGGCUCAUCAAGGAGAUCAUUACCGUCUCACCCAGCCUGGCCUGAGUCAGCAGCAGCAGCAGCAGCAACAGCAACACCACCACCACCAUCACCAGCAGCAGCAGCAGCAACAACAGCCAGGAGAAGCCUAUUCAGCUAUGCCUCGGGCUCAGCAGUCAUCUGCUUCUUAUCAGCCAAUGCCAGCAGACCCUUUUGCCAUUGUUUCCAGAGCCCAACAGAUGGUUGAGAUUCUCUCAGAUGAGAACCGGAACUUGCGACAGGAGUUGGAAGGAUGCUAUGAGAAGGUGGCGAGACUGCAGAAGGUGGAGACAGAAAUCCAACGGGUCUCAGAGGCAUAUGAGAACCUUGUGAAGUCAUCCUCCAAAAGAGAGGCCCUGGAGAAAGCCAUGAGAAACAAGCUCGAGGGCGAAAUUCGGAGGAUGCAUGACUUCAACAGGGAUCUGAGAGAGCGUCUAGAGACUGCCAACAAGCAGCUUGCAGAGAAGGAAUAUGAGGGGUCAGAGGAUACCAGAAAAACCAUCUCUCAGCUCUUUGCAAAAAAUAAGGAAAGCCAGCGGGAGAAGGAGAAGCUAGAAGCAGAGCUGGCUACUGCCCGUUCUACCAAUGAGGACCAAAGGCGACACAUUGAAAUCCGAGACCAGGCCCUGAGCAAUGCCCAGGCCAAGGUGGUAAAGCUGGAAGAAGAGCUAAAAAAGAAGCAGGUGUAUGUAGAUAAGGUGGAGAAGAUGCAGCAGGCCCUUGUACAGCUCCAGGCAGCGUGUGAAAAACGUGAGCAGCUGGAGCACCGUCUCCGGACACGACUGGAGAGGGAACUGGAAUCUCUCAGAAUUCAGCAGCGCCAGGGCAACUCUCAGCCCACCAACGUUUCAGAAUACAAUGCGGCUGCACUGAUGGAACUUCUUCGUGAGAAGGAGGAGAGGAUCCUGGCCCUGGAAGCUGAUAUGACUAAGUGGGAGCAGAAGUAUUUGGAGGAGAAUGUGAUGCGACAUUUUGCUCUUGAUGCUGCUGCAACUGUAGCUGCUCAGAGGGACACAACAGUCAUCAGUCACUCUCCUAACACCAGCUAUGACACAGCUCUAGAAGCUCGCAUCCAGAAGGAGGAGGAAGAAAUCUUGAUGGCCAACAAGCGUUGCCUUGACAUGGAGGGCAGGAUCAAGACCCUCCAUGCCCAGAUUAUUGAGAAGGAUGCCAUGAUCAAAGUACUCCAGCAGCGUUCCCGGAAGGAGCCGAGUAAGACAGAGCAGCUGUCAUCCAUGCGGCCAGCAAAGUCUCUGAUGUCCAUUUCCAAUGCUGGAUCAGGCUUGCUCUCCCACUCUUCCACCCUGACUGGCACUCCCAUCAUGGAAGAGAAGCGGGAUGACAAGAGCUGGAAGGGGAGUCUAGGCAUUCUCCUGGGUGGAGACUACCGUGCUGAGUCUGUCCCUUCUACACCCUCGCCUGUGCCGCCCUCGACUCCCCUGCUCUCAGCUCACUCCAAGACAGGCAGCCGAGACUGCAGCACCCAAACGGAGCGGGGAACGGAACCGAACAAAACCGCAGCUGUUGCUCCAAUCUCUGUUCCUGCUCCAGUUGCUGCUGCCGCCACUGCUGCCGCCAUCACUGCCAACGCUGCCACCAACACUGCCAUCGCUGCCACCAACACCACCACUAUGGUAGCUGCUGCUCCAGUUGCUGUUGCUGCUGCCGCUGCCACUCCCGCCCCAUCUCCAGCAACUGCUGCUGCUGCUCUUGCUGCUGCUGUUUCUCCAGCUGCUACUGCUCAGAUUCCAGCUUCCUCCUCUGCUGUUGCUGCUGCUGCUGUUGCUCCUCCUGCUGCUGCUGCUGCUGCUGUUCAGGUUGCUCCAGCUGCUCCGGCUCCGGUUCCAGCUCCAGCUCCAACUCCGGUUCCGGCUCCAGCAGUGGCUCAGGCUUCUGCUCCGGCUCAGACUCAGGCACCAACUUCAGCUCCGGCUGCAGCUGCUACUCCAGCUCCAGCUCCAACUCCAGCUUUGGCUCAGGCUGAAGCUUCUGCAAGUCCAGCUGCCAGUUCUGGACCACGUCGUUUGUCUAUACCGAGUUUGACCUGCAACCCAGAUAAGACAGAUGGCCCUGUUUUCCACUCCAAUACUCUGGAAAGAAAAGCUGCCAUUCAGAUCCUGGGACAAGAGCCUGAUGCAGAGAUGGUGGAAUAUCUCAUCUAAAUGGCCUAAUCAAGAGCUGCAGUUUAUCAGCAAGAAUGCUUUUAAUCAUUUUUCCCUUUUGUUUGUUCCUAUUUUGAGGGUGAGGACAAGGGUUGGGGGGGAUUUUUUUAAAGGGACUUUUUAUUGAAACGAUAUAGUACUUAAAUAAUAGUAUAUGAACUCCAGUCUAUUCUGGUACAUGUAGAGAGUACCUCUAAAGACAGAUUAAUCAGAAUGUGCUCUAAAGUUUAUUGUUUGGAUUUAUACAAAUACUGGGACUGUUAAUAGCUGGAUAUCAUCAUUGUUUUCCAUGUGCUUAAAUUUGUUUAGCAUUUCUGUAUUCCAGAUCAUUUUUUAUUGAAGAGCACCGUAUGUUUGGAAGACAGUGUGUAACAUGUAGUUCAGAAAUGGGAAGCUGGAGAGAAUUUGUGCAUAUGCUGUUCUGUAUAGUUACCAUCUAGGCAGCAUCCAGAAAGAGCUCGCACCUCGGGCUCAUGAAAGGGAAUAGUUUUAGGAGCUCUGUAAGCUGGAGAAAAGGUAGGGAGUAUUGGGGUGUGGAAGGGUGCUGGAGUUAAUUUUCCCUCCCAAUUUCCCAGCUACCCUGUGCCAGGGGAUUGUGUUUAUCUUCAUUUCAGUGGUGCUUUGGAAGUGGAUUCUUUUGGUUCCCUUGCGGAGGUUCAUACAUUCAUAUAUAUACUCUGGAGUAAUUUAUGCAUUUGGAUAAUUAAUAUAUUGCUUUCAGAUGCUAGGAGAGUAAAUUAGCUGAGUGAUGUACAACUUCCUCUUUCUUAGGGAGCUAGACCAUCAGAGGCCUUGAUGGAGAGUUGCAUGAGGUGCUGUAUGCAGACUUUUGUGGUCUGUGUGUAGCCAUGAACACAGCUCGCUUGCCUUUCCUGAGACCAAUCUGUUUAGUGUCUAUUUCUUCUCCAGCACAAAUUCACUGGCUGUGUCACUAGUCUCAAACUGCCAAUCAUUUGCAAAAUGAGGAAGCAUUUUUGUUGACAGGUUGAAUGCUUUGAAUUUCUUGUGAAAUUUGAAAUAACUCAUUUUGUUUUCCCAAAUUCUUAGCAUACAUCUUAAAAGGCAUAUUUGACUAUCACCUCCAAGGGAAUAGCAUCAAAAGCCCAAAGUACUAUUCUGCAGUCAGAGGAGAGGUGGGCUGUAGCAGUAUCCUCAGCUACCUCUUCUCACUGCCAGUGACUCCAUCUUGGAAUACCUUUGGAGAGCAGCAGGAAAUGCGCAUGUGGGCAGGGACCAAGGAGGCCGUGGCUCCAAGCUUUGCCAUAGGGCUGCCUCCAGGGACACAGAAGGGCUGGCUGCCUGUUGGCACAGGUCCCUGCUCUGUGUCACCUUUCUGUCCUUCAUUAAGGUGACAAAUCCACAGACAAUGUCAUUAAGAUCACUUUUCAGGGGUAU